AUUGAAACUGUACACAUCUUUACUCCCUGUAUAUUCUGUUUUAUAACAGUUUUAGAUACAAUAUUGAUAUACUGUCAUCUUGAUCAUGAAGGUUUGGCUUUUGGCUCUAGUUGUGUUACCAGCGAGGUCACACAUAAUACUUCGUUUUGGAUUAGUUGUUUACUUGGCCAUUUUGUCAAUAUGGGUUCUGCCGAGACAUGCGUGGAUGGAUCAAUUGGGAAGAGUGUCUUUAAUUUCUGGACUUUUGUUCAUUAUGCUAGGGCUGGGUGUAGAUGGCGCACCAGCCCUUGUUCAGUUGAGAACUCCUCCUCCUGCAAUCACAGGAUUAUCAAAUCUUCCUGCAUCUCUGGCAGGCUACUCAUAUUUAAUUUUUAAGCUAGGACCAAUACAGUUUACAAGGAAGGGCUUGUCUGUAGCAAGCACAGCUGCUUGUUUAACCUUUACGGUUUUCCAAAGUGCGAGCCUUUGUCAAACAACCACAACCCCUGAAGAACUUGCAUUUGCCUUGCGGUGGUUUAUGCUCCCUUUGACAAAUCUUGGAGUUCCAGUGGCUGAAGUUAUUCUUACACUCAUGCUUUCGUUGAGGUUCAUCAGUCUUGUGUUUGAUGAGGUUCGUAAUGUUGCAUUGGGGAUUGUAUCUCGUAGGAUAGACUGGCAACAGUUAACAAUGGUGGAGACAAUUGAUGGUAAAGCCUCUAUUGCAUUUGUAUGGGAAGUCAUUGCUGGAGAAUUAUCUGUUCUUAAAUGCCUAUUUGUUGUGACAUCUCCCUUUUGGUAA